CGUCAGCCCGUCAAUUGUAAGCACAGUGCACAAGCAUGCAGCAGCCACGGCAGGAUACUGGCACAACCUGUGCACGCUGACUGUUAAUAUUCUCCCGAAACGAUGUGUCAACCACCAGACAGAGGAUAAACACGAAGCUAAACCACGAGACAGGCCAGGCGCACCACUUAGACAAAUUGAACAUUACUAUCAUGAUGGGGGAAACGUAAGCUAAGCUAGGAGGCUGACUUCUAGUGUUUUGCACUGCAGAAGGAGAGGAUACAGGGGCUGAAUGGAUAACCAUGGCAACAGCAGCAGCAGCAGGAGAAGCGGUGAGCAGCAGCUUACAACAGCGAUAUAACCACUGAACACAGACAAGGCAUCGUACCUCCGUAGAUCUGAAAGGCAAGGGUCGCUGUAGGUUGUGAAGCCAAAGCCUUCUGGAUAUUAAACAGUGGUGGACACUGGUUAUUGCGUGGGGAUUCGCAGCGCAUCAGUGAGCAAGGGGAUGACCUGGAACAUAUCAUGUCUGAAGUACAGGGGACCUUGGAGUUUUCUAUAGAGCUGAACAAGUUUCACAAUGUGGAUCUCUUCCAGAGAGGAUUCUACCAGGUCCGAGCAGGGCUGAAGGUCUCUCCUCGUGUACCACACAGGUUGAUAGCAACAACACCAGGGAAUACAGGUGACUGUAGUUUCAGCUCUGCGGGGGUCCAUGAUGGGGUCCAUGAGGACACUACGGUGUUCAGUCGGAUCUUCCAGAUACUCUACCGGAACGAAGAGGUCAACGUCAAUGACCGCAUGCUCUUCAAGGUCCACCUGUUGCUGGACGGGGAGAGGGUGGAAGAGGCUCUGAGUGAAGUGGACUUUCAGUUGAAGCUGGACCUUCACUUCACAGACAACGAGCAACAGUUAGGGGACAUCGUGACAGUCCCAGUGAUCAGCAGUAGAACCCUGGGUCUCCACUUCCACCCCAGGAGAGGUCUCCACCACCAUGUACCUGUCAUGUUUGACUACUUCCACCUGUCCGUCGUCUCUGUCUCCAUACACGCAUCCUUGGUGGCCUUACAUCAACCACUCAUCAGUUUUGCCCAUACAGGGAAGGGUUCCUGGCUGGGAAAGGGCUCCCAAGAGAACGGUACUGACCCGUCAGCCAUGGGGGUGUCCAUGGAGAACCUGAUGUUCGGGGCUGGAUACUGCAAACCUGUCAUCACAGAGGGAAGUUUCUACGUCCCCAGUGAGAACUGUUUACAGAGAGCUCACACAUGGCAUGGUAGACUCUGUCGCCUCCUACUGGUGGCACACAGAGGCCUACGUUCCUACUACACCAGUGUGAUGAAGGAGAUACCACAGCUGGACCAGGUGGACAUAGACGAGCUUCCUGUGGAAGGAACACUAAAUCAGCUCAAAAUAGAAUUACAGCUGCAGGAAGGACAUGAGAAAGUAGCAGAACAGAUCUGUAGAGACCUGACCCAACUCUGCUCCCAACUGUCGGCCCUGUGGACCCGCUUCCUGGAGGCUGCUGUUCCCAACACACAUAUCCUGUCCCACCUGUCCCAGGAACACCACACACUCAGGGUCAGGCGAUUUUCAGAGGCCUACUUCUUCACAGAACACCCCAAAGAGACAUCCCUGACAUUUCAAGAGGACCUGAUCAACAGACACAGUCAGAUAGCUGUGGAGGUGCGUAGCUCCAACUACCUGACCAGAAUGCCCCCGUUACCUGUAGAAUGCCUGGACAUUGACGGAGACUGGAACAGCCUGCCUAUCAUCUUCGAAGAUAGAUAUGUAGAGUCUCCACGGACAGAUUGGGGAUCAUAUAUGCCAACACCUCUGUCCAGCAGUGAGCAGGCCAUCCGUGACCCUCCUGUCACUGAUGCCAACAAUAGCCCUCCUCCCCUGGACCAGCUCACCAGCUCACCAGCAAUACCAACCCAGGAACCUAAAGACAGUGAGGACUGCAUGGACCUGUCUACAUACGGGUCUCUCAUAGGAGAGCAGAGCACCAGCAUUACUACUUACAAGAUAGGAGAGACAUCAGACCCAGACCAGGCAGACCCAGACCAGGGAGAGCCAGUCCAGCCAGGGGAUCCAGAGGAGCAAGCCAAGGCAGAGGAGAUCUCAGAGGAGAGCCCUGGUUUAGGCCUGAGGAUAAUCAGAGUCAGGCCCACUGAUGUGGAUCCAUUCAGAGGAGAGGCAGUGCUAAUGAUCUCCUCCAACCACAAACAGUGUACGGACCCACAACAUACCUCUAACCGUGAAGACACGACUUGGAAAGACUUGGAGAACCACCAGGACAUCAUCACACAGAGAUGCCAGAACAUUAUCAGUACAGGAAUUGACUUGGAUGUAGAAGAGAAUGACAUUGCUAUGGACGACGACAGCAAGGUAGUUCCUCUGAGCCGUCUAACCACUUACCCCCAGGCUCCACUCAAAGACCAUCCCCUCACGUACCCUCUACCUAUGGACCUGAGGAGAGAGCUGGCCCACCGAGGGGUGGUGGGGGUGGGGGGCUCCAAGAUAAUGAACCGCUCCCCCUCCGUCAUCUCCGACUCGGGCAUCGAGAGUGAGCCCAGCUCGAUGGCCUGGCUCCUGGACGCUCACCGGACUGGAGGAGGGCGCCCUCUGGAGGAGAUAAUGGUACUGCAGCGCCUGGAGAGGAGACACCCGGCCCACCGCAGCUCCCUGGAGGGCCUGCAGACAGAGAGUGGAGCCAGCGGGGGCAGCCUGCCCAGCGGAGGGGGUGGCAGCAUGGGUAUCCAGGCCUCCCUCACCUCCAUCUCGUCCCUGCCCUACGAGGACGACGAGGAACAGAGGUACCAGCAACAGCUCAGUAAACUGACCAAGUCUGUCUCAGCUCCUCAGAUCUCCAGCCCUGAGGACACAGAAGAGGACCAGGGAGGAGCGGAGGAGGAGGUAGACACGGAGAGCGAGGGGACCAGUGGGUACCAGGACCAGGAGGAGGGAUGCUCCUCCAUCUCCACUGCUCCCACCAAUGUAAUGGCUGGGGACUUGAUUAGACACCAGGAGUCCUUAUCCGGGGGAAACUACUCCUCUCUAGAGGACAUCCAAGAGGGAGAGCUGCCUGAGGUUGGUCUGUUUGACUGGGUAGCAGCGCCCUCACCACCCCAGCAUGUGAUCAGAGCUCAUAUGGAGAGUUGUCAUGUUCUUAAAGAAACUCUUAGAUCUAAUGAAUCUGCUUUGCCAGUGGCCCUGUCAGACACUCAGGAUACGAAGGCAGUAUUAAGUGGCAUUAGUCGAGUACCAGAAGUCUUGCUGUUCCAACAGUAUGUUGAAGGCCAUGAUGACGUGAAGGAUCCAGCUGUAGUCAGUCAGGUGGAGGAUAAGAACCAUCACAGAGGAGAUAGCCGUGGUGUCUCAAACUCAGUGGACCCAGGUCCCUUUAAAGUAGACAUCGCCUCCUGUAGCUGUGAGACAAAACCCUGUGAACAUGACAGCAGUGUGCUGGUGGAUGAUGUGGAGGAUAAUCCAAUCAGGGAUGACUGUCAGAGUCUCCAUCAGAUUGGGUUGAAUGACCUUGUUGACCAGGACCUACUGGAUCAUCAUCAUACUCCCUGCCAGAGUCUCCAUCGGGUCGGGCUGCGUGACCUGGUGGUGGUCUCACAGAGGAAGAGCCUCCAUGACCCCAGGCCUAUCCCCUCUAUCCCUAACCACACAGAGAGACCCAUCCACCUCAUAGGCCUUACUGUCAAUGAUACGGCCAGGCCUGAUGGCCUCAUAGGGCUCCCGGCCAAUGAGCGAGAGCAGCUGGAUCUCAACGGUCAGACCAAGCCGGCUAAGAUCCCCAGUAGCUCAGAGUCAGGGUCAGGCUCGGGGUCAAACUCAGGGUCAGGCCUGUCCUUUAUGAACAGGAAGGUGGUGGAGGUGGUGAAUAUGUCUGUGUCCUGUGCUCCAACCUGUCUUCCCUUCUCCUCCGUCCUCCGGGACUCACCGUCCAUUAGCGGCAUCUCCACUCGACAAGCCGCAUCCCCCAUUACCCAUCAGCCCCUGGGGUCCUUCGGCAUCAUCUCCUCAUCCUCGUCCAACUCCCUGGGGCCAGAUGACGACACAAACGAGAGGAUGCUGCAUUUCUACAGGUCCAAAGAGGAUCUGGUGAAAGACCUGGUGUUCCAGGCAACCCUGUACAGUGACCUCCCUCACCUGGCCUCCGACCUGCCCUAUUUCCCCCCUGAGGAGGAAGAUGAGGAGUUUGAGGAUGGCAUACACCUGGUUGUCUGUGUCCACGGCCUUGAUGGGAACAGUGCAGACCUUCGCCUGGUGAAGACCUUCAUAGAGCUGGGUUUACCAGGGUCCAGACUGGACUUCCUCAUGUCUGAGAGGAACCAGAUUGACACGUUUGCAGAUUUUGACACCAUGACGGACAGGCUAAUAGACGAGAUCAUCCAGCACAUUCAGCUGUACAACCUCACCGUCGGACGGAUAAGUUUCAUCGGUCACUCUUUGGGGAACGUGAUUAUCCGGUCGGUGCUGACAAGGCCCCGGUUCCGCUGCUACCUGGUCAAACUGCACACCUUCCUGUCUCUGUCUGGACCACACCUGGGAACGCUGUACAACAACAGCACGCUGGUCAGCACAGGUCUUUGGCUGAUGCAGAAGCUGAAGAAAUCUGGAUCGUUGCUGCAGCUCACCUGCAGAGAUCACACCGAUCCUCGGAAAACCUUCCUCUAUCUUCUCAGUCAGAAACCAGGGCUCCAGUUCUUCAAGAAUGUGGUGUUGGUGGCAUCGCCUCAGGACCGAUAUGUUCCCUUCCACUCUGCCAGGAUAGAGAUGUGCAGGACUGCACUCAAAGACAGGACCACAGGUCCAGUGUACACAGAGAUGAUCAACAACCUACUCCAGCCGUUGGUGGGGGCUAAGGACUGUCGUCUGAUUCGUCAGAAUGUGUUCCACGCCCUGCCCAACACCGCCAACACUCUGAUUGGCCGAGCCGCUCACAUCGCUGUGCUCGACUCUGAACUCUUCUUGGAGAAGUUCUUCCUGGUCGCAGGGCUCAACUACUUCAAAUAGAAUUUAAAACUACUUCAAAUAGUACUUCAAACUACUUUAAAGGGAUACGUCAGGAUUUUGACAAUGAAGCCCUUUAGCUAUUUCCCCAGAGUCAGAUGAACUUGUGGAUUCCAUUUUUAUGUAUCUGCGUGCAGUUUGAAGGAAGUUGCUAACUAGCAGGAGCGCAAUUGCAAACUAGCGUUAGGGCAAUGACUGGAAGUAUAUGGAAACUGCUAGCCUGCUAGUAGAUACCGCAGACUUCCAGUCAUUGGGCUGACACUAGUUAGCAUUGGCUCGCGAAACUACCUCUAACUUCCUUCAUACUGGAUGCAUUGACAUAAAAAUGGUAUCCACUAGUUCAUCUGACUCUGGGGAAGUAGAUAAAAUGCUUAAUUGACAAAAUCCUGAAGUAUCCCUUUAAAUAGAGGCUCAACUAUUUAAAAAAGUAGGACCACUACUUCAAAUAGAGCUUUAGCUAUAGAGAAACUGGCUCAGAGAGGCCCUAGGUCUAUAUGAAGAUCUCUUUGUUGUGGUUGACUGGAUAGGAGGAUUUGGUGAGAGAAAGGGGGUUGCACCAUGACUAUGUACAGUGUAUAUUUAAAGUAUGUAUACCUAUGUUACCCCUGCUGUCAAAGAGGUGAUCAUAACCUCUAUACAUCCCAUCCACAUUAACAGCUGUAUACAGUAUGUCAAGUGAAACAACCGCCGUGGUGCAUCGUGUGGCUCAUAUUGGUGUUGUAUAGGCCUUAUGAACACCCCUUCAUCCCAAAGUAUAGUCAAUAUAAUGUACAUCUAAUGUCCAUCCCAAAGCACUACCAAAUCAAGAACAUUUCAUGUUGGUAUGUAUCCUGACCUGAAGUGGCUAGUCUGAAUGAGGAUCACUGGAUGAAGGAUCUACUUGAAUGAGUAAAUGUAUGAAAUUGUUUUAAAAAAACUAAGGAGAUAGUUGUUUGAAAUUUAACUCCUUAAUUUAAUUGUAAAUGUUAUAAUACAUGUGUCAAACUCCACAUAGAACUGUGGUGAUAUUAUACUGUACAAAUGUUUCUUUUUACAAAAAUUAUUUAUAUAUAAUUUUAAAUUAUGUAUUUUAAAUUAUACCAUAUCCAUACGUUUGUCAGACUAUGAGCAUUGUGUUGUGGAUUUUAUAUCAUACAAUUUCAACACGUAACAUGAAGGCCAAAUCAAGAGGUGAACCUUCUCUGCAGUAUACACUGUAAUAUAUACAAUGCAAGAAAAAGGUGUUCUAUAUAUUUAUUGUAUACAUUUAUAUACAGUAUAUUACAUAUAUAAAAAGUGUAUGUUUGUUGAAAGCAUUUGUGUCCAUCAAACUACUGAGUUGAGUUGAAUGCUUAUCAACCAUGUAAUGCCUUUGUGUUCUUUAAAAUAAGGUAUAUCCCAACCUCCAUAAGGUAUUAUGUACCUUCUACCGACUGUAGUGAUCCUAUUGAGAUAUGAGUAUUACUACUACUGAGAUAUGAGUAUUACUACUACUAAGAUAUGAGUAUUUCUAUACUGAGAUAUGAAUAAUAUGAGUAAUAUUAUACUGAGAAUUACUAUACUGAGAUAUGCGUAUUACUAUACUGAGAUAUGUGUAUUACUAUACAGAUAUGAGUAUUACUAUACUGAGGUAUGAGUAUUACUGCUACUGAGUCCAUUGUGUAAUUAUCUUGGUUGAUUAAUAUUUGAAAUAUAGAAUUAUGAAAUAUGAAUGGCUAUAGCUCAUAUCCCUUGGAAAUGGGAUUUUUUUCCUGAUUUCUCAUACCGUAUGUGCGCUGCUUUUAGAGUUAGAUUUUGUAUGCAUUGAACCUUUAAUGUCGCUACCUUGUCUGUGCCAGGAACAGUAUAAUAAGGAGGGUGUCACCUUCCUGCGUCGGAGAACAGUGUCUCUACUAUGGGAACUUACUAGUAGGCACUAUGCUUCUGUCCAUCGAGAUUAAAUGAAUGUUUAAAUUUA